AUGGAGCUGAGCCUAGCGGGGCGCCGGGCGCUCGUCACUGGGGCGGGCAAAGGCAUCGGGCGCAGCACUGUCCAGGCGCUGCACGCGGCGGGUGCACAAGUGGUGGCUGUGAGCCGGACCCAGGCCGACCUGGACAGCCUGGUCCGCGAGGUAGGCGUCGCCUUGUCCCAGCCCGGCGGGCGAGGCUGAGGGCGGGCCGGGACACGCGGCCGCCGGGCGCUAGGGAUCGCCAAGGACUCUUGCACACCCUCCCCCACGCCGGGCGCACGGCCUCUGUUGGGGGCCGACGGGUUGGGAGAACGACGACUCCCCCUGGGCUUAGGAGCAGGCAGAAAUGGCUGCCUUGCAGGCCCGGGGCCAGACGCGUUCGGGCGCUGGGAGGAAAUAGACUGGCCGGAGGCGGGGCCAGGCUCCCGUUCCGGAAGCCCCGAGUUGCCCAGUGGCCCAGAGGCCGAGUUAACUACCCUCCACCUGCAGCAGCCUGGGAUUCUGAGCCCCAAGAAGGUGACUGGCUCCUCUGGAACCCCUAACCCCUCCCCCUGUCUAACUGAAAGGCCAUGCAAACCCAGCCCUUCUCCCUCGCAUGCCAGAGGCCCAGAUGUACCCUUCCUUGGGCAUGGAUCCUCUGGUAGAUGUGCCCCUUACCACCUAAUACACACAGUGCCCAGGGGUAGAGCCUGUGUGUGUGGACCUGGGUGACUGGGAGGCCACGGAGCGAGCGCUGGGCGGCGUGGGCCCUGUGGACCUGCUGGUGAACAAUGCUGCCGUGGCGCUGCUGCAGCCCUUCCUGGAGGUCACCAAGGAGGCGUGUGACACGUGAGCCAGGGUCUUUUGACGUGAACCUUCGGGCUGUCAUCCAGGUGUCCCAGAUCGUGGCCCGAGGCUUAAUAGCUCGGGGAGCCCCGGGGUCCAUCGUGAAUGUCUCUAGCCAGGCCUCCCAGCGCGCACUGACUAACCACAGCGUCUACUGUGAGCAAGCCCCGGCUGUGCCCUGCCCCUCACCCCCCACCCCCCAGCCUGAGCAGCCAGCUCAGGCUCCACACAGGCUGUCUCUCCUCACAGGCUCCACCAAGGGUGCCUUGGACAUGCUGACCAAGGUAAUGGCUCUGGAGCUUGGGCCACACCAGAUCCGUGUGAAUGCACUCAACCCCACAGUGGUGAUGACACCCAUGGGCCAGGCCAACUGGAGCGACCCCCAGAAGGCCAAGACCAUGCUGGAUCGCAUCCCACUUGGCAAGUUUGCCGAGGUGGAGAACGUGGUAGACACCAUCCUCUUCCUGCUGAGUGACCGCAGCAGCAUGACCACGGGCUCCACUGUGCCGGUGGAUGGAGGCUUCCUGGCUACCUGAGCCCCUCCACCCACACACACACAUGUUCCAUGCUGAGCCCACUUUUACCCCCACCCCCCUUCCCCAUCCCUCCAAUAAACAUGAUUCUUCUGCCCA